AUGCAGCUCACCGCCGCCGCCUUCCUCCUCUCCACUGCGGCGCUCAUCGCGACAGGCUCCGUCGCCGGAAGCCCCGCCACUGCUGCCCCCUUAGCCACCCAAGUUCACCGGCGCCAGAGCGGCUGCAACACGUUCAACGGCGUAGCCCAAUGUCCCUCCUCUGCAGGCGGCAGCGGCUCCUCGAGCGGCCCAAACGUGCCCAACUGUAUCAAGAUCGACAACACGUGCGACACUUACCAGGGCGUCAAUGUCUGCUACGACCACUGCAAGUACAGCUUCCAGGGCAUGUCCUCUUCGAUCGGGAACAGCGCCUCGAACGUCGUGUCGUGCGACUUUGCGACGCUCAAGUGCGAGGAUGGCACGCAGCUGAUCGCCUGCCGCGACCCGACGUCGUCGGGCACAAUCACCAACGCCUCGUGUGGCAGCAACAACAACGGCGCCGGUGAUGGAAGCCAGCAGGGCGCCGCAGCACCCGGCCAGCAGGCCGCUGCGAGUGGCUCGACGACAACGCCGACGUCCACCACGUCAGUCAGCCAGAGCAUCUCCAGCUCCAGCAGCAGCAGCAGCUCCUCCAGCUCCAGCAGCAGUAGCACCACCACCACCACCAAGAACGCAGCAGCCGGCAGCCUCGGCACAUCAGGCGCACACGCCCUCGCUGCUCUCAUUGCCGUCGCUGGCGCCGCAGCCGUUGCGCUCUAG